ACUUUUAUAAAGCAGAAUUAAAAUUGCAUUCCUCUUAUACUUAAAUUUAUUCACUUGACAAACAUUUCCAUAAAGUGUUGGCCACCGUUGAGUAGUAAAAAUCGCCGACCUAAAGAAAAAUGCACGCCAAGACCGACUCAGAGGUGACAAGCCUCGCCCCAUCAUCACCGACGAGGUCCCCACGGCGUCCCGUUUACUACGUACAAAGUCCUUCACGUGAUUCCCACGACGGAGAGAAAACAACCACGACCUCCUUCCAUUCCACCCCAAUUCUCAGUCCCACUGGUUCACCGCCGCAUUCCCAUUCCUCCGUUGGCCGUCAUUCACGCGAAUCCUCAUCAAGCCGGUUUUCCGGGUCUCUCAAACCCGGUUCCCGUAAAGUUUCACCUAAAGAAGGGUCAUCUAAAUCGGGUUACAGGAAAGGAUCAUCAUCAUCACAUCAUAAACAAUGGAAAGAUUGUGAUGUGAUCGAAGAAGAAGGGUUACUUGAAAGUGAAGAACGUGAGAAAAGUCUCCCUCGAAGAUGCUAUUUAUUAGCUUUUGUUGUUGGAUUCUUUGUUCUUUUCUCUAUGUUUUCUUUGAUUUUAUGGGGAGCUAGCAGACCCCAGAAACCCAAAAUCACAAUGAAGAGUAUAAAAUUUGAGCAAUUCAAGAUCCAAGCUGGUUCAGAUUUCACUGGGGUUUCAACUGAUAUGAUCACUAUGAAUUCCACCGUGAAAAUGAUUUAUCGUAACACAGGAACAUUCUUUGGCGUUCAUGUCACUUCCUCUCCUUUAGAUCUGUCGUAUUCUCAAAUCAACAUUGCUUCGGGAACUAUGAAGAAAUUUUAUCAAUCAAGGAAGAGCCAAAGGUCAGUAUCCAUAACGGUGACGGGUAACAAGGUUCCAUUGUACGGAAGUGGAGCAAGUUUAAGCAGUUCGACAGGGACAACAUCGGUUCCAAUUUCGCUUAAACUCAAUUUCAUUGUCCGAUCCAGAGCUUACGUGUUGGGCAAAUUGGUUAAGCCAAAAUUCUACAAGAAAAUCCAAUGUGAUUUAACUUUCGAUCCCAAGAAACUUAAUCUCCCCAUUUCCCUCAAGAAAUCUUGCACUUACGACUAAUACGGUUCGAAUUUAUAUUCAAAAUUUAUAUCGACACGAAACUGAUAUCAGCUGAAGAUUUGAUAUAAUUUUUACUAAUGUAAAAGUAGGAAUAUAUAUAUUUUCUUUGUUUUAUGUGAUUGUAACGUUACAAAAGUUUGUAAUAAUAAGAGAGUUUUAAAUGUUUUGAGUAAA